UAUAUAUAUAGUUAUAACUUAUAAAUAUCCUUAGACCUAAUCCUAUCUCUCAUUGAACAAAUACGAGAACAUGGAGAGGCAACAGCAAGGGAAAGGGAAGGAGAAAGCGUGGGUGAUAUGGAAUAUCAGCAUGUGCCCGAUUCCGGAUGGUGUUGAUCCUCGUGUGAUGGGUACGACAAUACAAAAGGCGUUGGAAAGUGCAGGCCACGUCCGCCGCUAUGAUCAGAUCUCCAUCACCGCCUUUGGCAACAACCUGAUACAAAAGCAAGACGUCACGAGGAAGCUCUAUUCUACUGGAAAAAUUUCUCUUAUGCAUGGCACCGAAUAUCAAACGCAACUCUUAAUUUGGUCCCAAAGAAAUCGUCCUCCGGCUACUAUGAUGAUCAUAGACAGUCAUGAGCGACUGGGAGUGGGAUGGUUAGCUUCUACACUUUCGAACCUUAAAGAUGAGGGAUACACAAUUCUUCUUGCAUAUCCUCAAUGUGACGGCAUUGCCAAACCCUUGCCACGUUCCUAUUCUAAACAGUGGUAUUGGCAAGACUUAGUGUCUGAUGAACAAAAGACAAUAACAAGCCUUGAUCUUAAGGAAGAUUGUUAUGAAAGGAAUAUUGUAUUCUGCUCAUUAUGCUAUUUUGAAUCCCAAAUCUUUGAAGAUUUACCCACCCAUCUCAAGACUGAAGGACAUGCAUAUUCUGAGUGGAACCACUCUUGUGAUGAUAGUGUGGACUGGCUGAACCUUGCUAACUUGCACCUUGGUCGAUCAGAGGAGUGGGACUUUAGGGCGGCUGAAGAUUUCUUUACCCGUUUAUUGUUCAAGUACGGGGACCACCCCGACCCUGUUGAUCUGAUUAAUCAGAAUAAGGAGUUGGACAUUCUGGCGGCUCGAAAAUUGCUUACCCAUUUAAGGGAAAAGUACGGCGUCAAUCCCGGCUACCUUGUGACCUGCUGGUUUGAAGACUUAUAUGAAUCUGAAGAAGAAUAAGCUUGGCGAAGAAGCGGCGAGGAGGGUGUUGCAGUUUUCAUAUGGUUUACUAGGGUUAAACCCGCCCUUGAGUGAACAAUUCUAAAAACAACUAAAAACAUUUCAAAUUGCAGAAUAUAUUUGAAUAUAUUUUUUUUUUAUAUAAGUGUUGUGUAAUCUUUUGCAUUAAUCUUUAGUGAUGCAAAAAAUUAUGAUAAUUAGAUAUUAUGUUUUACAUUGUGAAAAGAGAUACAGAUAAAUAGUUCAAAACUGAAAAGCCUUGAUAAUGUGUAUUUUAGUAUUUGUUAGUGGUGAAGCGAGUCUCGUUGCAGUCAAUAAUCUAAUACUAUAAAGAAAAGCUUGAUUCUCUUCUCAUCUUGCCACGUAAGUAAAUACUCUCAUUUGGUCGUGACAUGUGUUCACUAAAUCAAAACGCUGCGAUUCAUUUAACUCAUUCGGCAAUAUAUGUGGGUUUGUUGUGUGGUUGGGCUUCGUAUUGUUAUCUGCCUUCAAAGUCCAUCUGUAUGAUACCCUAAAAAGCUUAAUCGGUGUCGUUUUGCAUUUAUCAUGUUUUUUCUUCUGCGCUGUUGGACUCCGAACUCCGACGCUACCUCCUUCUAAUGUUCUGGCCGUUGCAGUGAGAAUCCAAACGUCAUCUUUAAUGGACGCAUUAAACUAGCUGUCCACUCCUCCCACGAUUUAUUAUUGAACACAUCUCCCUUUACUCCCUUGCUCUGAAUCUUCUACUAUAAAGGGUAUGUUUUACACCCUAAAAUUCAUCAGUUCAAUCUUCUCACUCGAAAACUUUCCAGAAUACCAAGCGACCAAAAUGGCUAACUCCAUUUUUUCGCCUAAGCACAAACAGAUAAAGGUAUAGACUUUAUGUAGGUAAAGACGCGAGAAGAGCCAUGUGGUAGAUGAGCGAAAACGAAGAAGACAAGGUCUCAUGGAAAAAGAGAUGAACACUCUCAAUGACUGGAAGAAGAAAAUAGAAGCAAAUAUCCCUUCGUCAGCCGCGUAAUGUCCUAAGUCAAUCAAAUCCUUACAAUCUCUGUAUGAUUCGUGCAUCAAGGACUGUGAUAAGGCAGUUGAAAGGGAUAGAAAGAUUAGGCCUGGAACGGAACAACUCUGCUGAUUUUGUUGGCUCUGCUACGGCGCCGCACACCCUCUCCUCUGAUGCGCAUGUGUUAUCUUCAGAGCUGCGACCAAAGCGCUGGAGAGCGAGGGUUGAGACUGAAACAGAGGGUUUGGAUCGGUGGGAAGCCUGUUGAGAGAAACCUUGAAACAGAUCUCGAGCGCGACAAUGGAGAGAAGGUUGCACUAUUUGGCGACCAAGGGAAGUGAGAGGAUGAUAUUUGAGACAUACCCUUCGAAAAAGAUUUGAUCUUGUGGAAGUUAAAAGCUUUGAAGCGACGUGAAGAGGAGUGACCUCCUUCUUGCUAAAGUUAGAGAUUGCUUUUAAACUAAACCCAUGUAUGCAUCACUUUAAACCGUAAAACUCCUCUCAAGAUUUAUCUAUGUACCCCACAAACAAGAAAUGGUCGAGACUUUGAGUUUCUUUAAGCUUAAAGGAAGAAAUAGUACUGGAAUUACGUGUUAUGAAUAUUUGGUUAGUAUGAGAA